AUGGCUAACAAGAAGACCCACCAACAGCAUGCCAGCCCCAGGCCUUACGAUGCUAGCUCCGUCGUUGGCGCAUCCUAUUCGCAUGCCGACAUCCUAAACACGUCGGCUCGCACCCCACCUCGGUCUGGAUUAAACGCAGGACAGCAUCGCGCGCAACCCUCGCUAGCACAUCUCGAAGGGAAAAAGACCUCGUCACCAAACCGCCCUUAUAAUAAUAUACUAUCGCAUUCGACACGUGGUUGGGAAUAUGGAACCGAUGUUGCAGAUGAAGAUGACGAUGACGAAAUAUUUUAUGAUGACGACGAAGAUGAAUUCGGGCUUCCUAGUAUUGCUAGCAUGCGGAAAAAGGGAAAAAUCACUCAGCGUACACAACCCUCAUUUACAACAACCAAUACGAUGUCAGGGAACUCCUCGCUAGGUGCAGAUCUAGAUGCUUCUAGUCGACCAAGAGCCAAUAGUUCAGAUAUUGCAGAAGAACGAGGCGUAUCACUUUACCCGUCAGCGAAGAAAACUGAAGGCAAGAUCCUUCGUCCUCAGUAUAAAGAUAUUUUGAAAGACCCUGCCAAUUCCUUGAAUUUGAUAAAUCAUUCACCGCCACCUUCUGAUGCCACACCGAGUCAACGAGAAGCCCAUUCUGCGCGUAUUUCCAGGAUCAACAAAUUCAAAAGAAUCUUGCAGGCGAGUACUGUGUCCCUGUCAGAGCUCCGCUCCCUUGCUUGGUCUGGAGUCCCCGACGAAGUGAGAGCUAUGACAUGGCAAUUACUGCUGGGCUACUUGCCGACGAAUAGCGAGCGCCGCGUCUCAACACUUGAAAGAAAGCGCAAAGAAUAUCUUGAUGGAGUUCGCCAAGCUUUUGAACGAGUUUCGGUGAAUGUGCCUGGUUCAACAAACACGAGUUCUGGCCGUGGCAGGGGUUUAGACGAGGCAGUCUGGCAUCAAAUUAGUAUUGACGUACCCCGUACGAGUCCUCAUCUGCAAUUAUAUAGCUACGAAGCGACUCAGCGAUCUCUGGAAAGGAUACUUUACGUCUGGGCUAUACGGCAUCCUGCCAGUGGCUAUGUUCAGGGAAUCAAUGACCUUGUGACUCCAUUCUGGCAAGUCUUUCUAGGUGCCUACAUGACAGAUAUUAAUGUCGAAGAAGGAAUGGAUCCGGGUCAACUACCAAGAUCUGUUCUUGAUGCGGUAGAAGCUGAUUCUUUCUGGUGCCUCACCAAACUGCUUGAUGGCAUUCAAGACAAUUAUAUCUAUGCCCAACCAGGUAUACAACGGCAAGUGAAAGCACUGCGCGAUCUGACGAAAAGAAUCGAUGCUGGGCUGGCAAAACAUUUGGAGAGCGAAGGAGUCGAGUUUAUGCAAUUCAGUUUUCGAUGGAUGAACUGCCUGCUUAUGAGAGAGAUGAACAUAAAAAGUACAAUUCGAAUGUGGGAUACAUACCUGGCUGAGGAACAAGGAUUUUCUAGAUUUCAUUUAUACGUUUGCGCCGCUUUUCUUGUCAAGUGGACUGAUCGAUUGCUCAAGAUGGACUUUCAGUCUCUCUUUCUCCAUCUACCCUCCCCGUUGCGCCACCCACGCACUUUCUUCUUCACCAUGUCUUAUGGAAGGAAGGAUUUCCUUAGCCAGCCGGCGCCUGAGAACUACGUCGCUGGUCUCGGUCGAGGUGCUACUGGCUUCACAACCCGAUCAGAUUUGGGACCGGCGCGAGAGGGUCCAACACCAGAGCAGAUCCAAGAAGCGUUAGCGAAAAGAGCUCAGCAACUAGGAGCUCCGACACCCACAGCUUACAACACAAGUCGCGAAAAGGGAGGGAAGGGUAAAGAGCAGGAGGCGGAACAGGAAGAGGACGACGAACGCUUCCAGGAUCCAGAUAAUGAGGUCGGACUGUUCGCCUAUGGUGCCUAUGAUCGUGAAGAUGACGAGGCAGAUUUGAUCUACCAGGAGGUUGAUGAGAAAAUGGAUAGGAGACGCAAAGCAAGAAGGGAAGCCCGCGAACAAAAAGAACGAGAAGAAUACGAGCGAAACAACCCGAAAAUUUCACAGCAGUUUGCCGACCUGAAACGAUCUCUCGCCACCGUAUCGGACGAGGACUGGGCCAACAUACCCGAAGUUGGUGAUCUGACAGGGAGAAAUCGACGAGCUCGCCAGAAUCUAAGACAGAGAUUUUAUGCUGUACCGGAUAGUGUGAUUGCAGGUGCUAGAGAUGCGGCUCAGUUUGAUACUACCAUCGCCGAAGAUGGUACUCAAACCGAAAUCUCAGGUGCUGCGGGAGGAGAUGGCAGCUUGACGAAUUUUGCCGAUAUUGGUGCUGCUAGAGAUAAGGUCCUACAGGUACGCCUCGAUCAGGCGGCCCUUGGAUCUUCUGCCGAGGCUGCGUCAGGUAGUGCGACUAGUAUCGACCCGAAAGGCUACCUUACCAGUCUUACCAAGUCUGAAUUGAAGGCCGGCGAGAUGGAAGUUGGCGACAUCAAGCGUGUUCGAGUUCUCAUGGAAUCUGUUACACGUACAAAUCCCAAACAUGCCCCGGGUUGGAUUGCUAUUGCUCGAUUGGAAGAAUUAGCAGGCAAAAUUGUCGCAGCGAGGAACUAUAUUGCAAAGGGAUGUGAACUCUGCCCAAAGAGUGAAGACGCCUGGCUGGAGAAUAUUCGACUUAACGAAAACCACAACGCCAAGAUUAUUGCAGCGAAUGCAAUCAAGCACAACGAUCGGUCUACCAGAUUAUGGAUCGAAGCGAUGAAGCUUGAGACAGAUGUCAGAGCCAAGAAGAACGUUUUAAGACAGGCUCUUCUACAUAUACCGCAGUCCGUAGCUAUCUGGAAGGAAGCCGUGAAUCUUGAAGAAGAUCCAGCAGAUGCUCGCCUACUUCUUGCAAAGGCUACUGAAAUGAUUCCUCUGUCUGUCGAGCUUUGGCUUGCACUAGCGCGCUUAGAGACGCCGGAGAACGCACAGAAGGUUCUUAACGCAGCUCGUAAAGCAGUGCCAACAAGUCACGAGAUUUGGAUUGCUGCAGCUCGAUUGCAGGAGCAAAUGGGAACGGCAAACAAGGUUAAUGUUAUGAAAAGAGCUAUCCAAGCACUUGUACGCGAAAAUGCUAUGCCGAAGAGGGAAGAAUGGAUUACGGAAGCAGAGACAUGCGAAGAAGAGGGUGCUGUAUUGACUUGCGGCGCAAUUAUCCGUGAAACGCUAGGUUACGGGCUCGAUGAGGAUGAUGAUCGAAGGGACAUCUGGAUGGAAGAUGCCAAAGCAAGUAUCGCUCGCGGUAAGUACGAGACGGCGCGAGCAAUUUACGCCUACGCUUUGCGUGUCUUUGUCACCAGCAAGACAUUGUGGCUUGCAGCGGCUGAUUUGGAGCGUAACCACGGAACGAAAGAGGCUUUAUGGCAGGUUCUUGAGAAAGCUGUGGAAGCAUGCCCUCAGAGUGAAGUUCUAUGGAUGCAGCUCGCGAAGGAGAAGUGGCAGGCUGGGGAGAUAGACAAUGCACGACUUGUCUUGAAGCGUGCUUUUGCGCGAAACCCCAAUAACGAAGAUAUUUGGCUUGCCGCUGUCAAGUUGGAGACAGACGCAAAGGAAACAGAGCAUGCUCGAGAGCUUUUGAGCACCGCCCGGCGUGAAGCGGGUACCGAUCGUGUCUGGAUUAAGAGCGUUGCCUUUGAACGCCAGUUGGGCAAUAUGGAUGAAGCACUCGACCUCGUCAACCAGGGUCUACAGAUUUACCCCAAGGCUGACAAGCUCUGGAUGAUGAAAGGCCAGAUAUACGAGUCUCAAAAGAAGUAUCCACAAGCACGAGAAGCUUACGGCACUGGCACACGGGCUUGCCCUCAGUCCGUUCCACUGUGGCUUUUGGCCUCGCGGCUUGAAGAAAAAGCAGGUGUGGUGGUCAAGGCUCGUUCAAUUCUCGAUAGAGCUCGGCUUGCAGUUCCCAAGAAUGCAGAGCUCUGGACUGAGAGUGUGCGAGUGGAGCGACGUGCCAACAAUAUCAGUCAAGCCAAGGUACUCAUGGCCAAGGCACUCCAAGAAGUACCCAACUCUGGCCUGCUCUGGGCCGAAAGUAUUUGGCACCUCGAGCCUCGAACACAUCGUAAACCUCGCAGUUUGGAAGCCAUCAAGAAGGUCGAGAAUGACCCUAUCCUCUUUGUCACCGUGGCACGUAUUUUCUGGGACGAACGGCGAUUGGAGAAAGCAAUGACCUGGUUCGAAAAGGCUAUCUUAGCGGACAGUGACCAGGGUGAUUCGUGGGCAUGGUAUUACAAGUUCCUGAUGCAACACGGCACGGAAGAGAAACGACAAGAUGUUAUUUCCAAGUGUGUAAUCAGUGAGCCAAAGCACGGAGAGAUUUGGCAGUCGGUUGCCAAAGAUCCGAUCAAUUUCCAUAAGUCUACAGAAGAGAUCCUAAAGCUCGUCGUGGAGCAGUUACCUCGUUAA